CGGUAAUCCAGAAGAAGUUUCCCCUCAGUUAGGGGGGAGCUCCACUUUGAAGCAGGAGACUCCACAACCACCCUGCAUUAAAAAGGAAGAGGAGGAACUCUGCAUCACUCAGGAGGGAGAGUGUCUUCUAGGACGAGAGGAAGCUGAUUACACCAAGUUUCCACUGAGUAUUCUCUCUGUGAAGACUGAAGAUGAUGAAGAGAAACCACAAGUAGACAACCUCUUAGCUCCACUAUCAGAUAGUGAGGCUGAAGACGAGGUUGAAGAACCUUUGAGCAGCGAUAAAGACUGUGAAGGUGAUAUGAGGACUCACACUGACAACAAACACUCUGAAUGCUCUACAAAGAAGAGAGGUAAAACAUGUUUGAGCUGCUCAGUUUGUGCUAAAAGUUUUACUAAAAAGAGCAGUUUGACUCUACACAUGAGAACACACACAGGUGAAAAACCCUUUAAUUGUUCAGUUUGUGGCAACAGCUUUUCUGGAAAUGGCUCAUUGACUCAACACAUGAGAACACACACAGGUGAAAAAACAUUUAAGUGUUCAGUUUGUGGCAACAGCUUUUCUCAAAAUAAAAAGUUGACUCGACACAUGAGAACACACACAGGUGAAAAACCCUUUAAUUGUUCAGUUUGUGACAAAAGCUUUUUUAAUAAGAGCAUUUUGACUCAACACAUUAGAACACACACAGGUGAAAAACCCUUUAAUUGUUCAGUUUGUGGCAAAAGCUUUUCUCAAAAUAGCAAUUUGACUCAACACAUGAGAACACACACAGGUGAAAAAACAUGUAAGUGUUCAGUUUGUGGCAAAAGCUUUUUUAAUAAGAGCAUUUUGACUCAACACAUGAGAACACACACAGGUGAAAAACCCUUUAAUUGUUCAGUUUGUGGCAACAGCUUUUCUAUUAAGAGCAAUUUGACUCCACACAUGACAACACACACUGGUGAAAAACCCUUUAAGUGUUCAGUUUGUGGCAAAAGCUUUUCUAUUAAGAGCAGUUUGACUAAACACAUGAGGACACACACAGGUGAAAAACCCUUUAAUUGUUCAGUUUGUGGCAACAGCUUUUCUCAAAAUAGCCAUUUGACUCGACACAUGAGAACACACACAGGAGAAAAAACAUUUACCUGUUCGGUUUGUGGCAAAAGCUUUCCUCAUAACAGCUCUUUGUGGCGACACAUGAGAACACACGCUGGAGAAAAACCAUUUAGUUGUUCAGUGUGCUGUAAAAGGUUCCCACAUAAUGCAGACGCAGUAAAACACAUAAGAACACAGGUGAGUACAAACAAUUAA